UCCAAGUAAUCCUUCCAUGGAAAAUUAAUUGAAAAUAAAUUCAGUAAAAAAUAUAAAUAAUUCAAACAAAUUUUUCUAUUGGUCUAGCAAAUAAUUAAUAAAUUAUAUACCCAUAAUCGGGUUGAAAAAUCGAACACCAUCCACACAACCCGCUACGGGAAUCGUGUGGAUGGUUGAUCCCGGGAUAAUUUAAUUAAACGAUAUCGAGAAUAGGAUUCGAUUUUUAAUUUCUCCAAAUAUAAAAUCGCUUUUACACUUCGCCAUGGAGGCCCGCGCUUCGGUCUGCGAUGCUACCGCACCGGUUCCUGACGUCGCUGCACCGGUCCAUAACGCCAUUGCCGUCCACCUCGCUGCCGCACCGGUCCUGUACGCUGCCGCACCGGUACAGAACGCCGCCGCUCCGGUCCACGAUGCCAUUGCCGUCCACCACGCUGCCGCACCGGUCCAGGACGAUGCCGCACCGGUCCAGGAUGCCGCCGCUCUGGUCCACGACGCCGAUGAUGCUGUCGAGGAGUUUCCGGCCGAUGCUGUCAUCGCGGCGAAGGUGAACGCGUACCUGCUGACCAAGUCGACGGAUGCGGCGAUCCUGGAAUUCGAUGGGAUCAAGAUGCCGGCAAUCCCGAUUACCGAACUGCUGCUGCAGUUCACCAACAUCCGUUCGAUUUCGGCCGAGAACUGCGGCCUGCGUUCGUUGGAUACGUUGCCGUGCAAGGACCUCCUGGAAACCUUGCACCUGGAUGACAACGAGCUCGCCGGCAACGCCCUCCUGGCGCUGCGCCCGUGUAUCAAGUUGACGGAAAUCCAUCUGAAGGGGAACGGCUUCACUAGCGCGGAGCAAUUCGCUCCUCUGCGCAAGUUGCCGCUGGAGUGGGUCGACGUCAGCUUUAAUCCGGUGACUCACUGCUCCUCGCUGCAGGAGGCGAUGGAGCUACUGUUCCCCCGGGCCCACACCGUAGUCGUCACCAGUAUCCUGGACCUGAUGGCAGACGAGAGCGCACUGGAGGAGAGCGACGACGAGGACGAAGAAGAAAUGGAUACCGAUACCGAAGAAAGCGACUUCGAGGAGGAAAGCGAGAAGGAUUCGGUGGAAAUGGCGGCAGCAGUGCGUGCACUGGAAGAAGCUGUUUGCAGAUCCAGACUGGGAGCUGGGAUCGGAAGCGGGAUCCGACAGCGAGGUGGAGGCGUUUUCCGAUUCGGAUAUGGACGAUAGCUUUGAAUAGAUGGUUUUCUUCUUUGAAAGUGUCUGCAUUUAUGUGGUUUGGUCUGACAGCAAUAAAGUGACACUCGUUCUGCGCUUUACAUUCAUUAUUCUCAUUGUAGUUUCAUACGAA